AUGAGCACCCGAAUGAACAAGGAACACACUGGUCAGUUGUGUGCGCGUCUGAGCCAUCCAGCCUGUGAAACAGAACUGAAACACCCGGUGAAGGCUGAGGAGAAGAGACAAGCCAUCCAGAAUACCAGACAGGAAGCUCAGACCUGUGCUCUCAAAAAUGCAGAAGAAUUUGUCACUGCUCUUGCCUGGUUGGUGGAGGCCUUACUCUUUCAGUUCGACAACCUCAUAACCAUUCAAGUGGGAUAUGCUGAACAAAAGAAAGAGAUUACUACACUCAUCCGCCAGAAACAAACUGACCUCCUGCUGCAAGACAAGAGCAAUACUCUGAUGCAGAAAGGCAGCAGAACAUGGUCAGGCAUUUGUUAUUUCGGAUCCAAUGAUGACAGCUCAUUUCACAAACAAUCUCAGGAAACAGCCACCGUCACAGCUGCUAAAACCGCACUAGGGCAUCUUAAGACCAUUGAGGAGCGAGAUGCCAUGCAUGAGCACUAUGGGCAGAGGGUUCAGGAGGAGUGUGACGCUCAGGAAGGACAGCUGCAGCUGUGGCAUGACCACUGGCAGAAUCAGCUAAAAACCCUCGCUUCACUCAACUCUGAAUGACAGGGAGAUAUUUAUGAACAACAACAAUCUAAGCCAAGGUAUUAAAAACCUUCAAAGAGAAGGA